AUGGUGAACCUGGAACUAGUGGAGGAGAUAGAGCGCAGUAUGUACGUAGAUGAUUUAAUCAGUGGUGGGGAGACAACAAAAACAAACAUUAGAAAUCAAGAUGCAGAGGUACAACGAUGGUGGGGAGACAACAAAACAAACACUAGAAAUCAAGCCGACAAAAAGGGGCAUCCUGGGAAAAGUCGCAAAAAUCUACGAUCCACUCGGUCUGGCUUCACCCGUGAACCUCUCUGGAAAACACUCUACAGAGAUGCCUGCGACACGAAGAUCGCGUGGGAUAGCCCCCUACCAAGUGACUUACAAGCCAAAUGGAAGAAAUGGGAGCAAGGACUUCCCGAGCACGUGAACGCGCCAAGAAAUGUCGUGAAGCAUGUAGGGAAGAUUUUAUCAAUCGACUUACACACAUUCGGGGACGUAAGUGGGAAAGGAGUUGCAGCCACGGUUUAUGCAGUGGUGGAGCAACCAUCUGGCACGAAUCAAGGCCUUGUGACGGCAAAGUCGCGUCUCGCGAAUAAAGGACUCUUGAUUCCCCGAUUAGAACUAGUGGCUGGACAUAUGGCUGCAAAUCUAAUAAAAAAUGUGAAAGAAGUCCUGAAGGGUUUUCCCGUAAGAAGUGUCUAUGGUUGGCUGGAUAGCACAGUAGCACUGCACUGGAUCCUUGGAAAUGGCGAAUACAAACGGUUCGUGGGAAAUCGAGUGAGGAAGAUCCAGGAAAAAGAAAUCAUCUGGAGGCAUGUACUAACAGAGGAGAAUCCAGUGGACGUGGGGAGUAGGGGAGGAGAUAUUAGUAGAUUGACAGCUCUUUGGUGGCAGGGACCAAGCUGGUUAGCAAAACCACACGACUGGCCACCAGACCUUGUAACGACAUCUACCCAAGAAUCAAAGGCGGAAGAAGUGAAACAAACGCGCGAGUUGUUUGCUCUAGCAGUAGAGAAAACAGAGAACAACGGCGCUUUCGAUGAGCUGCUGAAGAAGCACGAGCUAUUGCGUGUGUUGUGAGUGGGUACCUGGAUCUGGAGAUUCCUCCACAACAUAAAAAGCGUUCGUAAACAGAGAAUCGUUGGUCCCCUUACAACUGAAGAAAUACAGAAACAGACAACGUGCAACGUUCUGGAUCAAGCAAUCUCAACAACAAGAAAAUUCGAGCGAGAAAAGACCGUUUACAGUUGAAUGUGCAAGGAAACCAAGAGGGAAUAUUAGAGUGUAGGGGAAGAAUUCGAGGCCAUUACCCCAUCUUUCUGCCAGACUCCUCGCCCUUCACUCGCAAGUUAGUUCACCGAUCACUUGUCGACACACUGCACGGAGGAGUGGCCCUUACCAUGACCAAAGUGCGAGAGCUAUACUGGCUACCGCCGUUUAGGGGCACUCGUAAAACAAGUUUUCAAGGCGUGUUCAAGCUGCAAGCGGUUUCAGGCUAUGGCACUGGCAACACCGCCUCCUGGACUCCUACCCACUGACCGCACAGAGAGGAGCACCCCAUUCGAGGUUAUCGGAGCAGGACCCAUCAAGUACCGUAUCAGAGCCAAAACAGAAGGAAAGGCCUAUCUUGCAUUGUACGCAUGCAGUCUUACACGAGGAUUAUUCCAGGAAGUACUACCAAACCUAGCGACCAGUGAAUUCUUUAUAAGUUUCAAACGGCUCAUCGCGCGCCGUGGCCAUCCGGAGAAGAUAUAUUCCGACAAUGGCAAAACU